AUGCCGAGUCCCGAAGGAAACGGAGAUGGACCAGAGAAAAAAGGUUCUGAACCCGAACUGGUAUCAAAUGGCAUUAAAAAUCGAGCUCUUUCUCGUGAAAAAGAAGAAAAGUCCCCAGCAAAACCAUCGGAUUUAUCGAAAAUGGAGAGAAAAGAAGGCAAAAAUAUAAAUAAGUCAGCCAGAAAGGAGGUUAAAAGUGCACGAAUGGGUCCACGAACAUUGAAACCAAUGGCUGUGAAAGUAGAUGACAGAUCGAAAAUGAGUCUUCGUGAAACACCGAAACAAUUUCAUAUUCAAUUACCGAAAGAUGAAACUGAUCUAGGAUGUCUUCAACUGGAAGGUGAACUUGCUCAAAGUGCAAAGGCAAUGGAAGAAUACAGGGUUGUCAUUCAACAGAUUUAUAACGGUUUGUCCAUGAUGAUCAGACGUGGAAACGGAACAACUGACCCUGAUGAUUUCAAAAGUGACAAGGGACAAGCUGCAGCUGAGAAAUUGAACAGAGAAGUGGUUCAGACGGAAAACUUCUGGAAAACUGAUACGAGAUUGCAACCGGCAUUGAAUGAUUCUAUUGCGAAGAAUACGACAAUUCUAGCAGCCGCUGAGAGACAUUUACAAGAGCAAGGACCCAAACAUUUGAAGAGAAUCAAGAAGUUUCUAAGUGUUCAUUGGCCACGGUACGUCGAUAUGAAAAAGGCAUUGGCAAAAACAGUGAAACAGCAGCGACCAGAUAAUCAAGGUGUACGGGAUGAACAAAUUAAAGCAAUUACUGUAUUCGUCAAGGAGAAAUACUUGAAUAUGAAAUUGAUUCAUUUGGGAGAAAUUCAGAGUGUUUUUGCUGAGUUGAGUAUGUUUCAUCAUACUUCUCAUGUUGCAUGGAAUCAUAUUUCUGAAAGAAAACCUCCAAAAGUUGGAUAUCAAAGAACGACGCUUACGUCCUCCUCCUCCACAUCCACAACAUCCACAUCCACAUCCACAACAACAUGGACGACAACAAGUACAACAUCUGGUACAACAGCAAAAGCUAGGAAAACUUGUCAAUCAGCUACUGAAAAGAAAGAAUACCUUGGUCUACAACAACAACAUCCACAUCCUCCUCCACCACCUCCUCCACAUCCACAACAUCCACAUCCACAUCCACAACAACCACAUCCUCCUUGUCUUUUAAUUCGAGAUGAUCCUAAUGUAUCAAUUGAUGUUUCAGAUGAAGAUGAUGAAGGUGAAGAUGUGACUAAGGCUACUUCUUUCGAUGAGACUGGCAAUACUGCUGAUUGA